UCUGUCAGCCAGAUGUUCCACUCGAAAGUAAGCAGCUGCUAGAAGCAGUUUUUCCACACCACUUCAACAGUGACUGCAAAAUACUCAAACCGAAGAUAUGAUUGUGGUAACUUUUCUCUUUGCCUUGCUGUGGGAUAGAGCUGCUGCCUGGGGAUUCAAGGAUGGAGUUCUACAUAAUUCUAUUUGGUUAGAACGAGCGGCAGGAGUAUAUCACAGGGAAGGAAGGUCUGGAAAAUACCAGCUCACAUAUGCAGAAGCAAAAGCGGUAUGUCACUAUGAAGGAGGACACCUAGCCACAUACCAGCAGCUGGAGGCUGCAAGAAAAAUAGGGUAUCAUAUGUGUGCUGCUGGCUGGCUAGCUAAAGGAAGAGUUGGAUAUCCCAUUGUCAAACCUGGAAGCAACUGUGGCUUUGGAAAGACUGGGAUUGUAGAUUAUGGCUUUCGGCUCAACAGAAGCGAGAAAUGGGAUGCUUACUGCUAUAACCCUAAUGGAAAAGACUGUGGUGGAAUCUUCACAGAUUCAAAGCAUAUCUUUAAAACCCCUGGCUACCCAAAUGAAUAUGAAAAUGAUCAAAUCUGUUAUUGGCAUAUACGAGUGAAGUAUGGCCAGCGGAUUCAAAUUCAGUUUCUCGACUUUGAUCUUGAAGAUGAUACAGCAUGCACAGCUGACUACCUAGAAAUAUAUGACAGCUAUGAUGAUGUUAAUGGUUUUGUGGGCAGGUACUGUGGAGAUGAACUUCCAGAAAAUGUAAUUAGCACAGGUAAUGUCAUGACUCUGAAAUUUUUGUCCGAUGCUUCAGUAAUAGCAGGAGGCUUUCAGAUUAAAUAUAUUGCUUUAGACCCACCCAAAAAGAGCGAUGGAAGAAAUACAACUACCCAAGAUAACACAAAUUAUUUUGCUGGAAGAUUUGGCAUGUUAUAAAAGAACACUGGCGUUGAAGGAAGAAUUUGCCUUGAAUGUUUUUUAAAGACAUUUCCCUACCCCACACCCUUUGCUGAAGUCCUCUCUGUGGAUCCAAUUUGCCAUAAUCUCCUAUCAUCUUCUCCCUAUGUGAUCUCUUCUCUUUGCUGAUCUUCAGUGACACAUGUAUCCUCAGUGAUAACACAUACCUUCAAACUGAUGACUCCAACCAUCAUGUGAACCUUCCCAUGACUUUUUCUGCUUUUCUACCUAACACUGCAAAAAAUAAAAAAAAAAUCAGGCUUUUUGAUACAUUUGUUUCAUGUUUCUAGCAAGAGUUCCAGGGGCCAUGUGACUGUGUGCAAAUAAGUUCCCUUCCUGCCUUCAGAGUUGCCCAGCAAUAGCCACUUUGAAUUGUAUGCAAUGAUUAUUUCCUUGAGCCAGAAAGAUGAAGGAACAUUUAUGCAUAGGCCUUGUAAUAACUGUACUACAUUUGAUGUAUUAUUGAGAUUUUAAAAUAAAUAUUUA